AUGUCGUCUAUUGUGAUCUCAUCCUUUAACGCCCGGGGAAUGAACGAGCCUUGCAAGCGGUCCCAAAUCCUGGCCCUUUUACAGAGGGAUAAAGUGUCUAUAGCAUUCUUCCAAGAAACCCAUUUCAAAGAGGGGAAAGGAGACAUUUGGAGAACCCAAGACCCCAAAAACCCAAAAGUUUUGCAGGUUGUGACCAGUUCUCCAGGAGUUAUGCAGAACAUCAGGAGCUUCUGCUUCCUUCCUCCCACCCUCCUCAUUCACUGUCUCAUGCUCCCCCUUGCUGGACUCUUACAGGUUGCUCACGCUGAACUCCAGAAGACAUGUUCAAGGUCCACGAUGGAAAAUCCUCCCAGUGGUUGUCAGCAAGUGUGCCAGUGCAGACCCCCUCCGUUACUGCCUCCGCCUCCCCCUCCACCGCCACCGCCAAGACUCCCGGCCCCCAUUAAGAUCCCACAGUGCUGCGUGGAAGAGACCUGGUGGCAUUUCCUGCUCAUCAUCCUGGCAGCCGUCAUCCUCUUCCUAGUGGUUAUUAUGUGCUACAAAGCAAUAAAAAGGAAACCACUCCAUAAAGAUGAGAAUGGUACAACCCGGGCUUCUGAAUAUGCAAUGACCCUCGAAACAGCCUAGACGCAAAGUACCAAGUAUCGUGGCCACACAACCCCCCUCCUCCUGUGCACCCUUAAUUAGGUGUUGAACUUUUGCUUUGGAGGGGGAGAAGAAAACAAAAGUUUAGUCCAGAGGGAAUCUGGCAUAGAAAUGAUCAGCUCUGGCUUGUGUGGAGCGAGGACGUGGAGCAUAUAAACUGUCAACCUGUGUUUUGGAACGAGUACCUCAAUGGCACCCUGACUGCAUGAGUCCGCUCCCUAUACUGACUGCCCAGACAUGGCUCUGGAACUGGCAGAGAGAGGUCCAACACGAGGUGGAGAGCAUCAUCUGCAUGCACAGGAUUUCCAAUACCCUGGAAUACAAACCUUAUUUUAUUUUAUUAUAGGACGGGCCCUAAAUGUAAAAAAAAAAAAAAAAAUAUCCACAGAAUUGCAUGCACUUAAUAUUAAGGGAACACAGCAGCAGUGUCACUACUAUGCAAUAACCCGAGGCUAGCGUCUUGAAGGCGAGAACCUAAGAAAGGGGCAACACAUUAUCUCAUAAUGGGGAAAGAUAUAAGUUAAUGCUGUUAAUGCUGUGCAGGAAGGAAGUGCCAGACAAGCGCUUUCCCAGAAGAAAUUGCCUUCCACUGACCCAGUCCCAUAACCAGUUUGGGUUACAUGUAACAGAAUUGGCGGUUCUUACGCAUGGUGCAUGCACAGUGGAUACAAAGUCACGAUUAGUAACAUUCUAAGGUUCUUGUCUGGCACUACCCGCCUUAUUCCUAUAAAGAAAUGCACAAAAAUUUCCAAAGGGAGCCUGACCUGAUGAUGAUGAGGAAAUGAUACAUAUUCACAGAUGGACUGACUUGCCACAGGAUGGGUUCAUGAAUUGGCACUCAAUCGGUUAAGGUUCCCCACUGAAGUUUCUUGGUGCUUUGAAAAACGCAGUUUACGUCAAACGUCAUUUCGCUUAUUUGAUUCCACGACCAGAGAGGAGAAAGCAUAGAUACUGCCCCGAUAUGUAAGGGUUAAUAUAAGGGCUAGCGCCCAAUCAGAUGUUGACUUUAAAUUUGGCGAAAAUUACUCCCAAAUACUAAUGAUCCUCGUUGGGUUCUAUGCGCCAGAUUUUAACAAAAAUGGUUCUCCCCUGUAGUAUGAUAGUAAAUCCACAGCGUUGAUGACCUGGGCCCACGUUCACCUCUGUAAGGGUGGAAUUAGGGUGGAAUCCCAAUUUUCCAUCAGAUUCGUUCUUCGUGGGCUGUCCCAUUGUGUCCAUGGUCAUGUUACAGGUUUAUGGGAUGAGUCAAAAGUCAGGAAUCGCCCCACAUAGCUAUGGGCCUCUAGUGGUCUCCAUGUUGGUCCCAUGGGUCAUAGAAAGGGGGCCCUUCUGCCCUGAGUGGCAAAACCGAACACCAUAAUGGGGCCCCAUCUCCAUCAGUCCCAAAUUUACAUAAAUUGUUCUGAAUUUUCAGAGACUAUCCCAGUAAAUUCGGCUUGUCCCAGCACCAAAAUGGAUGAGGUUUAGGUAAACCCCACCCAAAAGUGGGUCUUCCCGGGUAGGUUU